AUGCCGUGGCGAUGGAUCCUGGCGCCGGCGCUGGUGAGGGGCUUCUUUGUGCCGCUGGAUGCCCCGAGUAUCCAGGCCUUGCUGCAUCGCUUCACUUUGCUGGAGCUGCCGACCGCCUCCUGCCCAGGGGAGGAUGAUGGCAGCUGGCACCCCCACUGCGCUUUUGGCCUUGCCGACAUCGUGGAAUGUGAGUAUACUGGCUACCAGUACUCCAUGGAGUGGUACUUCAUUGAGAUGCUGCGCGACAACUUGCAGUACUUGGCGGAUCCCGAAGAGGCAGAGUUUGUGUACUUCCCCCAUUGUGUAUCGCAGCUCUACUUUGCGCUGAAGGACACUCACAACUUGACUCAUUGGCAGGCCAUCGAGCGGGCUGAGCUGCAGUAUUUGGUGCCCAUGCUACGCUGGGCACACCGCUCUCCCCUGCACGCAAAGUUCGGGGGGCGGAACUUCUGGACGGUCUUCAGCAUGGACCUGGGGCGCCAGGACUUCCCGAGGUCCGGGGCCUGGCUGCAGCGCUGGAGCGUGGGCUCCCUCACGGGGAGUCCUACAUGGAUGGCUGACAACAGAAUGCUGCUCAAUACGAGCCAGAUGAACGAUGUCGUGGACUGCUGGGAACUGGACACGGCACCCGUGGUGUUUGCGAACGAGAUGUUCCCCGCUCGAACCUUUCGAGCGCAGGACACGGUGAUCUCCAUACCCUCGCGCUUUUCUCCGCAUCCGAGGUCGCGGAGGUUUGGAGGUCGCCCUGUGCUGGCAUUCUUUGCUGGCUCACCCAACUCCUGUGCCAGGGAGCGGAUCUUGGCGCUUUUGUCCAACGAGCCCGGCUUCGAUGUGUCCACGAGCUUUGCCACAGGCAACGAGGAGUACCGGGAGCGCAUGUGGCGGGCGCGGUUUUGCUUCGUCCUUCGAGGGUCCUCGCACACCAACAACGUCCGGCUCUAUGACGUCAUGGCCCACGGCUGUGUGCCGGUCAUCGUGUCAGACGACUUCCAGCCACCUUUGGACAGGCUGCUGCCAUGGAAGGAGCUCGCAAUCUUCUUGCCGACCUCCAGCAUUCCCAGGCUGGCGCACAUCCUGCGGCAAGUCACAGAGAAGCAGCGAUGGCACUACUUCAGGAACAUUGCGAUUGGUCGGCCGGAAGGUGCCAAGGGCUACCCAGAGGACUUCGAAGCAGCGAAGGCCUUUCCAACGCACCUGGAUAGGGAGAGCCUUUGGAGCGGCCUCUCCGCCAGCCGCGUCUUUGAGUGGCACGACAGCAUCUUCUGGAUCCUUUUCUACGCAGAUGUGGCGGCCAAGCUGCGAGCACGUGUUAAGGCAGCAGCAGACACACCGUUGCCGGCAAGACCACAGCAGGGCCUACUUUUGGCGGCUCUGCGGUGGCUCUUGGAUCUGCACUUCCGGAGGGACCGACGCAUGCCAGUCGUCCUGGAUUGCGGCGGGGAUGUGCAGCAGCAGGAUGCGUUGGGAGGCAUGGGCUGCUGUGGCCUCCGGUGGCUUCACAUCAGGGGCCUGCCUGGCCUACCAGAGCCUGAGGCAAUGGAGAGCUGCAGGCCUGCAUGCUGCCCGCAGUCGCCAGAAGUCUUGCUCAAGGUGGGGCGGCGGUGCCAUCCGCAUCGAGUGUGGGAGCUGGUAGAAAAGUACUCCCCGCGGGUGCUGUGGCUCAGCGACGCCGCCGGCAGGCUGUCGCUGUCGCAGCUGGCGCUGGCCGGGUGGCUGUGCUUCCGUCCCACAAAGAAGGGCUGGGAGCCCCUCUUCGCGCCGUAUGAAGCGAGAGAGGGCCCAGGCCUUUGUCUCAAUGAAGCUGAUCCUGACCUUGACCUGAUGCUGCACCUGGAUCACAUCUCGGCUCCCUCCCGCUGGGGCUUGGAGUUUGCCAAGUCUCCCAACAGCCGGGGCCGCUUCCUUUACAACCUGAGCUGA